UUAUAAAUCCUUAGGGGUACUUAGUAAAGAGAAGAGUAGGGUUUUAUUGAAGUGAAAGCAUGAGAGACGGAACUCGCUUCGCGGGUUUUUUGCUAUCUCUCAACCAAAAGUCGACAGUUCUUGGGACUUUUUCCUGGCGAAUUUCUACGGCGAAUCCGGCCAUCAAUCCUCCCUUGUUUUGAGCCUCAAGACAGGUCCACAGUUUACCCUAGACUCCAUAACCAGCUCUGCACCCCUUCAAACUAGAACCAGCUCUGCGCCCCUUCAAACUAGAAUGGCAGGUGGAAAGAUGCAGAAGAAGAGGCCUUCAAUGGCUGAGAAAUACCAUGCAGGUACUGGAAUUCAAUUCCACAAAUCAAAGGGACAGCACAUAUUGAAGAACCCAUUGAUAGUUGAUAGGAUUGUUGAGAAGGCGGGGAUCAAGAACACCGAUGUGGUUUUGGAGGUGGGGCCUGGGACUGGAAAUUUGACAAAGAAACUUUUGGACGUGUGCAAGAAUGUUGUUGCGGUAGAGAUGGAUCCUCGCAUGGUGCUUGAACUUCAGCGUCGGUUUCAGGGCACCGGCCCCUCUGAUCGCCUCAAGGUUAUUCAAGGUGAUGUUCUCAAAUGUGAACUGCCAUACUUUGAUGUCUGUGUGGCCAACAUACCCUACCAAAUAUCGUCUCCCCUUACUUUCAAGCUUUUGUCGCACCGGCCCAUGUUUCGCAGCGCUACCAUCAUGUUUCAGAGGGAGUUUGCCAUGAGACUUGUUGCAAAGCCAGGAGACAGCCUUUAUUGUCGUCUUUCUGUUAAUACCCAGCUCCUUGCUCGAGUCUCUCACCUCUUAAAAGUUGGAAAGAAUAAUUUUAGACCCCCGCCUAAGGUGGACUCCUCAGUUGUAAGAAUUGAGCCUCGAAAGCCACUUCCACCUGUGAGCUUCAAGGAGUGGGAUGGGCUCAUUCGUCUUUGUUUCAGCCGAAAGAACAAGACUUUGGGCUCAAUUUUUCGUCAAAAAUCUAUACUUUCCUUGUUGGAGAAGAACUUUAAGACUGUUCAGUCUUUGCAAGAAGGAAUGGCUGAUGUCUCCAUAGGUGAUGCAGCUGUAUUGGGCGAUACUUCAGGGGACUUGAGCCUGGAAAUUGAUGAAGCCAUGAGAGAUGACGACGAUAUGGAGGUUGAGGGUGAUGACAUGGAAGCCGAGGCUUCUACUUUCAAGGAUAAGGUGUUGGGUAUCUUGAGAGAGGGAGAUUUUGAAGCGAAGAGGUCCUCAAAACUCACUCAAGUGGAUUUCCUCUACUUGCUCUCUUUGUUCAACAGGGCCGGUAUUCACUUUUCCUGAUGCACGCCCUUUUGCUUGAAGUUCUUUUCGGCGUUGCUUUUGAGCUCCAUUUGAGUGGAAUAGGUUUCGAAUUUUGUACCACUAGAUUCCCGGUUUUGCAGUAUUUGAGUAUGAGAUUUUGCGUUGCAGUUGUGAAAUUUAGAAUGUCGGGAAAGAGGUUGGCGUUAGCCAAAUUAGUCAACAUUUAUAUGUUUCGAUGCAAUAACAAAAUGUUAUUUGUAACAAGUAGUUUUGUUAGUUGGUUAAUCGUUCACAUUUUAUUCAUGAAAUGGGUUGGAUUGGUAUUAUUCUGGAUAUGGCAAAAUCAUUCUAUUA